UCUACCCCUGUGAAAGCCUCUGAGCUGCAGCUCCACAGGAAAUGUGACCUCAUUCAGGGGCUGACGACUGCGUUUGAAAAGAAACAAGACAGUUGAGAAGUGAUCUGGAAGAGACUGCCCAGCACCCAGACAUCACAGAGCGGGGCGCCCAGGCUGUGGGGUGCUGCUGGGUGUAGCAGGUGGCACUGGGUGACUUUCCGGUUUGCCCUGUAUCCCCAGCAGUAACCUUAGGAUCCCUCAAGACGUUGACAGAUCUGAUCAGACUGAGUAGGUCGGAGCAAUUAGACAACCAAGCUCUCCGAUAACCCCCCUCUAUGGAGCACCUGGAAUAGCCUCUCUCCUCAAAUCUCCAGCGUAGAUCUUCAGCCUGUCGCUCAAAUGCCUGUUCAGUCGAGCAUAUCCUUCUUGCUCUCAAAAAUUGUUCAAUCGGUCUGUGGUAAUUCGACCACCGUCAGCCACACAUAGCUGGAUAUCCAAAAAAUCCACCCGUGACCGACUCGUUUUUUAGAGUAUGAACUCAGACAUCUUCAAGAUGGCAGCUCAACCUCCCAUGAUGUCGACACCAAUAAAGGGAAAAUAUUCAUCCCUCUUCCAAGACAUUGCACUUCUGCCUUAUAGACUCUUUGGACAUUGUUCACGAGAAAACUCUGAUGCAGUGAAUAUGAGCCCCCCAAAUCAAUCCGAUGUUAAUAUGAGCCCCUGCCGGCACAGCCUGCGCCUGCUGUCCAAUGGCUACUACGUGUGUGAUGAAGACAGCUUCUGCUGGGAUGACCUGGGCAACAUAUCCUUCAGCCCUUCCCAAUGUACGGUGUCCUACAAAGAGAACAUGGUGAGAAUUUUUAGGAAGAGACGUAAAGCCCUGGGACAAAGACGUCUUGAUCUUACAAAUCAUGGACACCUUGAGGACAGGCAACCUCCCAAUUAUGAAGACCUAAAUGACAUUGAACCGUUUGUGGACGAGCAAAUCUACUACUCCGGCUCUGUUUUUACGGAAGAAAAUCCAAAUAGUUGUGACUCCACCACCAACCUAUAUGCUCCAGCCCUUCAUGAGAUAGUGGAGUCAGAUGCUGACCACAUCACAUCUGGAUAUUACCAGCACAUGACGAACGAAAAUGCUACACAAUGUCUUCCAACCAUUUUGCACCACACUGGCAUUUCUACCAAGAUACUACACCCGAAGGACACUCAUAAAAAGACGGCUAAUCCUGUGCUUCCUGGGACCCCCCAAUAUGUGAAUAACGAUGUGGAAACAUGUCGGUUUACAUAUGAUAUUAGCAGCCGGGAACCAGUAGAGAGGCGGACGGCGAGAGAUUCCACAGCUACGACUCUAACACCAUCUAUAGAAAGUGUCUCCAUGGGUGUGGGUGACACCAAGCAGAGGAGGAUCAUGGACCUCACCUUCAUCGUCAUUCUUCUUUUGUUACUCUGCCUGAUCGUUUGGUGGGUCAGGUUCCCCGACCACAGCGGCAUCCGGACCCGAAUAAAAAACUGAACUGCUUAUCCAGGCCGCUUUAGUAUUCAGUUAUUACAAUGUUGCUUUUGAUUAUAUGCUGCUCCUGUAUGUAUCGGACAGCUGUGAUAUUGUAUAUAUAUAUAAUAGGCUAUGUGUGAAGAGAUCUACUGUAGGUACUUAAAGGGGAACUCUGCUCUGGAUAAUCCCU